GUUAAAUCUGUGAUUUGAAUUUGAUGAAUUUUUGGGGCAACAUUUUAAAUCGUCAGAAAUAACGAAAACUAAAUAAGGAAAGAGUAACAAAUCAUUUUACAUUUCACGCGCGUUUCAGCUCGUCGAACGAACAAAAAAAUAUUGUUAAAUAGUAUUAAAUAAUAAUUCUUUUUUUUUUUUCGAUACUACUUUUAUCGUCUACUUAACGACUAUACAUUCGAUUAUUAUUGUGAAAGAUAAUAAAAACGACAAUUAACAAUCUACAAACUUACUUCUACAUCUGUAAGUAUCGAUCUGUAAGUAUUGAUAAUCAGUGAGCGGCGUAAAAUAGGGAGUGUCGGAACAUGUCGUUCAAUUAAGUCAGCCACACCCUCCAGAGCCUUCUGACACUGCCGUGAAUUUUGUUCCUCAGUUCAGAGAUGUCUUAUCGAGGGUGAAUACGCAUCGACGAAAGUCUAAUCGACAGAAUAACAAUGUUUUAAAUCAAAAAUAUCACGUAUUUUUUCCCGAAUAUAAUUCGAGAGGACAAAUUCGAAUUUUAGAAAGACUCCUCGGAACUCGGAUUUACACCCUCGUUUAGCACACAAUGGAACAGACGACGUCAUCCAGCGCGUCCUCGGCGUCUCCCUGCCUGUCGAGCGAGGUUUCCACGAGGAUGGAGGACUGCGUGGAUGACGCGGUGCAACAGUGGCUGGAGAAGGAGGUGUUUCCGGGAUUCCGCGUCUGGCAGCUCGCCGGCAUCGUUCUCUCCGUUCUGCUGAGCCUCGUCGUCGGACUGUGCUGCUGCAUCCGCUUCCGGGUGCCCAGGACGAAGCAGGAGAUCCAGGCGGAUUACAUUCGCAAGAGGAUCACCAGGAGUUUCCGGAACGAGCUCUCGAAGAUCAGCAACACCGAGAUGGACGAGAUGGAUCUGCAAAAAGCUCUGGAUAGGAUCCGAAACGAGUUUGAGGGGGAUAAAUCUGCGAUCGCGCAGGAGGAAAUGACGCAGCGGAACAUCGGGUUUCGGUCCAGAUUCAAUGCUGUAUUCGGUGGAGCACGUGUGCGUUUUAGUCAACACCCCAAAUUGAAUGCCACGAUCUAACAAUGACCUUUUCGGGGAUCAGAAUUACUUCUCCUUCCUCCCAACACAAGUAUAUUUCUAUCGUUUGCUUAUCAUAUAUGUGCACAAUUGUACAAUUUGAAGUAUAUCGCGAGAGAAAAAGAAUAAGAAAUAUACAUAAAACAUUUUUUUUUU